GAUAUACAACUUUCUCAAACUUCAUAUCAAAUCUAUCUAGAUAACGACAAAACUGGAGAUUCAAAAUUCACUUCCCUAUUCUUUGCAUUAGUUUUCUCAGCAAUCCGAAACCGAAAGAGGGUGAAAGAAAGGAGAAAGAAGAUUAAGCAACCAAAUGAAGAAUAUGUUUAAGUCAAUGCUUAAUCCACCCACGGAGUUCUAUGAUAAAUGGAACGUCCAAAGUUUCGUUCUGUUAAGUCUCUCACUACAGGCCAUUCUAAUUUUAUUUGCACCAUUCAGAAAGCGAACAGGCCAUGGGAUGGUAGUCUUUCUGAUUUGGGUAGCUUACUUGCUUGCCGAUUGGGCUGCUAACUUUGCAGUGGGACUUAUUUCAAACAGUCAAAAAGAUAUUCGCCAAAGAAAUCCUCGUGAACCUGAUGUUCAUGCUGACAUUCUAGCAUUUUGGGCUCCCUUUCUUUUGUUGCACCUUGGUGGUCCAGAUACCAUAACUGCUUUUGCUCUCGAGGAUAAUGCCCUCUGGCUAAGGCACUUGGUUGGGCUCAUAAGCCAGGUUGCUGCUGCUUUCCUUGUCUUUCGUCAAUCCUUUCCCAAAAACAAGUUAUGGGUAUCUACUGUCCUUCUGUUUGUUGCAGGAAUCAUCAAGUAUGCUGAGCGAACACGUGCUUUAUUUCUUGCAAACCUGGCUAAAUUUCGGAAAAGGAAGCUUGAAGCACCUGACCCAGGGCCUAACUAUGCAAAAAUCAUGGAGGAAUACUCUUCGAAGAAACAUGAUGCAAAACUCCCAGCCCAGAUAGAAUUGAUACCAGAACCUAAUAAAGAAUCCAGGACUAAACGCCGUUAUGCAGUCGAUGAAGGCGAGCUAGAUGAUCUUUCGGUGGUGAAACAUGCUUAUCAUUUCUAUGAAAUCUUCAAUGGUCUCAUCGUGGAUCUAAUCUUUAGCUUCCGCGAGCGAGAUGAGAGCCGACUGUUUUUCCAGAACAGAACCCCGGACGAUGCCUUUAAAGUGCUAGCGGUUGAACUCAACUUCAUUUAUGAAGUUCUGUAUACGAAGGUUGUCGUGGUGCAUUCAGGGCUUGGAUACUCUGUCCGGUUUGUAUCCUGGUGUGUGGUUGUGGCAGCCCUUUCAACCUUCUAUUCAAUAGAUAAGAAAAGUUUUCAUCACAAGAUUGAUAUUGGAAUUACCUACACCUUGUUCUUUGGUGCCAUAGCCUUGGAUACAAUUGCUCUCUUUAUGCUGGCUUUCUCUGAUUGGACUGCUGCUUCCAUCCAGAAGUCAUCGAGGGGUAAUAUGUUUACAGCCGCUAUAAAGAAUCGCUUCCGCCCUCUCCUCCGCCCUCUCCUCCAAUGCUAUCUCAAACUCAAGAGGAUAAACUGGCCGCUGCCGACAGAUACAAAAUCAACAACUAGAUUGGGACGGGCUCGACAAUGCUUGGGACAUCCUAGUCAAUGGUUGGGAUGGGCUAGAGAAAUCCUAUUCCGGAGGUGGUCUGAAUCUCUAUCUCAAUACAACUUGAUAGAUUAUUGUUUGAAAGAACGUCAGAAAAAGAAAGCUACACUCGAUUGUUUUGGCCGUAAGGCCCUUACAUGGACUGGUCUCAUUGAAAAAAUGGACCUUAAGGAUUUGUACGAUAUGAUGAAAUAUGUGACCAAGACACGACUUACAAGAGAACUAUGGAAUUUCAUCUUUGAGCAGCUGAAAAUGAAAUCGGAUCUCGGAGAUGAUCCUGACACUGCAAAGAAGAUAUGUUCAGCCCGUGGAGAAUGGGUUCUACAGAAUACUGAAUGGGCUAUUGAGAGUAGAACCUUGAUGCAAUGUAUUCUCGACGUUGAUUAUGAUCAGAGCCUUAUUUUAUGGCAUAUUGCUACAGAUCUUUGCUAUUAUAAUAAUGAGAGUCCUAAGAGCGAUGAAGACAGUAAAAAUCGUCGUGAAAUUUGUAAAAUGCUUUCGGAUUAUAUGUUAUAUCUUCUAAUUAUGCAGCCUACUAUGAUGUCUGCUGUAGCAGGUAUUGGCGAAAUAAGAUUCCGCGAUACAUGUGCCGAGGCCAAAGAAUUCUUCACCAGAAAGCAACCAAAAGGAGUAUCAGAAGAAGAUCAUAAACGGGCAUGCAAAACGAUCCUUGAUGUAAAUACUGAUGUCAAACCUGUUGAUUUGAAGGGUGACAGAAGCAAAUCUGUGCUGUUUGAUGCAUGUAUUCUCGCCAAAGAGCUAGAAAAGUUGGACUGGCAGAAGAGAUGGGGUGUAAUGAGUGAAGUGUGGGUGGAAUUGUUGUCUUAUGCUGCAAGCCAUUGCAGGGCCAAUACCCAUGCUGCUCAACUAAGCAAAGGAGGAGAGCUUAUCACAUUUGUCUGGUUAUUAAUGGCUCAUUUUGGUAUAGGGGAUCAGUUCCAAAUAAAUGAGGGCCAUGCAAGAGCAAAAUUGAAUGUGGGUAAGUAAACUGGUCAAUCCAAUGGCUUCUUUCUAUGUAUUACCUUUUUCUUUUUUCUUUUUCUUCCUUUUUUUAAUUUGGAGGAUGGGCUUAAUAUUUUGCUGUAUCUUUCUUUCUUUUCUUUUCUUUUUUUUUUCCCUUCCGCUAGGAAUGGAGAUGUUUGUGAUGUACGCGUAUGUGAAAACACUAAUAUAUCUAAUA